AUGAAGACCUCGGCUUUCUCCGUUGCCCAAGAAGCAGCUCUGGAAGGUUCAAUGGCGUCUGUACAAGAAGCGGGUCGCGGGCGCCCUUUGGGCCUUCCGAUUUUGUUGUCCAAGCCCGUUGGCUUCUCUGGGGAUUCGGCUAACUUCUUUGAGGGAGAGCAGAAGCAUCAGCUUAUCAAUUGCUUCUCGCGAUUUUUUAGGGGAUAUGCAUCGUCCGGAAGGCGGGUGACAGAGUCGCCGUUGUUCAUGUCUCUGCGCCCUAGGGCUUUGCAAAAUCCAGUUGCGUCAUGUGCGGAGAAGGGCGAAGAAAAGUCUUUCUUGUCCAAUUUACCGUCUUUCGGACUCUUUGACAAGAAAAACCACACGAACGAAGCCAGUUCGGCUGCUCCCUCUGCUUCUUUGUCGGUGGAUUCCUCUUCAUCUUCGCUCCAAGCCAACACGAUCUCUUCAAACGACAUAGGAGCGGCGGGAGUCGCUGCGAGCGAUGCCGGAAUUGCAUCUCCGGUCUUUCCUGGAGGCCUCUCCGCUGGAUCGCGUAAUCACAGUGACGCAGCCUCUCAGGCUGUCGUCCCUUCUCGCGUCCAGGAAUCCAGUCCUACUCGGUCAACGAUUCCAGUGCCCUACGAACAGUUCUCCCGCGAGUGGAUGGCUGUGGCGGGGCAAGAUAACUUUGAUGGCUUUCGCCUCGAGGCCACGAAACAGGUCAACAAGGUGCUGACGGCAAACCACACGUUCAUGCUGGGCACGCAGACAAAGGAAGGCGGCUGCUCGUACAGCUUCGGGCCUACCCUCGUGAUUGGCGAACCGGAUGAAGCUGCUCAGCAAGAGGGGCAGAUGCCGAGCUUCUUCGGCAUGGCAAGGAUGAACUCCGAUGGCUUCUUGCAGGCGCGGUUCAUCAAGGCCAUCACAAAGACGUUUGAUGUUAAGUUCAACUCGAACUCGUCGCUCAACGAAGACGCUAGGGACAAGGCCAUGUAUGAGAUCUCCUUUGACAAAUUGGGCAGCGACUGGGCGGCGAAUUUGAAGCUCGCAUGGCAAGGCACUUGGAUCUUGAACGGCCUCUUCUCCCAGGUCAUCACCCCGAAGCUUCAGCUGGGUGGCGAGCUCACAUGGGUGGCGGCGACCGGCAUCUCCAUGGGUAGUUUCGGCGCGCGCUAUACGGCUGAUGAGAACAACACCAUUACGUGUCAGGUGGGCGUGGGCCCUGAUUUCAGCUCGCCGAUGGGCUUCGCGAGUGACGUGUACUCGACAAAGGCUCAGUACGUGCGGAAGGUGACAGACAGGCUGUCGAUGGGCACCGAGCUUGAGUAUUCCCAUCCCGACAUGUCAUCCGCCAUGCGCGUGGGCUGGCAGUACCUUUUCAGACAAGCGCGCGUCCAGGGCUUGGUGGACACAGCUGGACGCGUGUCAAUGUUUGCUCAAGAUUACAACGGGUUCGGCCUGAGCGGGAUGAUCGAUUAUUGGCAUGGCGACUACAAGUUUGGCUUCCAGAUGAACGUCGUGCCGCCGCCGCCCCAGCCGGAGCAGCUGCCGAUGUAG